GGAAUCGACUUGUGGAAUGGACAAAAGCCCCAUCUGAAUUCUUACACCUUGCCCUUUUCACCCUACAGGCUACAGAAUAACAUCCAUGGUUUGCUCCAGAGCAUCCCGUCCUCCCUGGGGGAAGGAAAUGGCUGCAAUGGAGCUGGCUCAGGGGCCGGUGACCUUCGAGGAGGUGGCUGUGUAUUUCACCAGGGAAGAGUGGGCUCUGCUUGACCCCACUCAGAGAGUCCUCUACAGGGGUGUCAUGCAGCAGAACUAUGAGAAUGUGACCUCGCUGGGGUUUCUAGUUUUCCAACUUGAUGUGAUCUCCCAGCUGGAACAAGGGGAAGAGUGA